CAGUGCUGGUCUUGGAUGUAGGAGCGCAGCUCGCUGUUGCAGCUGACGGACACCAGCCGGUCCCUCCAGCAACUCCAGCAGCAUCAACACACACGGACGGGGGGAGGAAACAGCAGCCGGGUUGCAGAAUACGGUUUGAACAACCAUCUGAAGACAGAGUGGCUGAGAUUUAAUGCUAACGCGUAAGUCAAAACCAACUUUCAAAAGUGGAUUCAUCUUCUUCACUCUGUGCUGUUGAACCUGGGGAAAGGAUCGUCAUUGUCACUCUACACACCCGAACAUGGACGGGAGCAGGAAGUGGCUUCUAGGCCUCGGAGCUGUAGUAUUGGUAUUCCUGAGUCACAUGACUUCAGCGCUUGAAGUGCCUCUCGAUCCUAAAGUGCUGGAAGGAUUGCCUCAACCCCCAACCAUAACGCAACAGUCCCCAAAGGAUUACAUCUUUGAUCCACGGGAGAACAUCGUCCUCCACUGUGAGGCCAAGGGGAAGCCUCAGCCCAGCUUUUCCUGGACGAGAAAUGGGACCCAUUUCGAUGUAGAGAAAGACUCCAAAGUCCUAAUGAAGCCUGGCUCAGGAACUUUGGUCAUCGACAUCAGUGGGGAAAAGGCAGAGGUGUACGAAGGAACGUACCAGUGCACAGCUCACAAUGACCACGGGACGGCUAUAUCCAAUAACAUCGUCAUCAGACAGUCCAGGUCCCCCUUGUGGUCAAAGGAGAGAAAUGAGGCUGUAGUGGUGCAGAAGGGGGUACCCCUUGUGUUGCAGUGCCAACCCCCUGCUGGGCUGCCCCCACCUGUCAUCAUCUGGAUGGAUAAUAACUUUCAGAGGCUGCCUCUGGAUAAACGUGUGUCCCAGGCCCUGAAUGGAGAUCUGUACUUCUCCAACGUUCUCCCGGACGAUACCAGGAAUGAUUACAUCUGCUACGCUCGCUUCCACUACACACAGACCAUCCAGCAGAAACAACCCAUUUCAGUCACAGUGCUGGACAUGGAAACAAUGAAUGAGACUGUGGCUGCUUUGUACAAUAUCACUGAUUUCUAUAGGGGCAGCCCAGACGGGGAGCGUCACCCUGGUUUCAUGUUGCCUCUCGGCGCAACCAGUACCAAGAUGGUUCUGAGAGGGGAGACUUUGGAGCUUGAGUGCAUCGCUGAAGGAUUGCCCACUCCAGAUAUCUCCUGGCAGAAGGAAGGGGGAGAGCUUCCAAGCGGCAGGAUGUCCUUACAAAACUUCAAGAAAACACUGAGGAUUUCUGAUGUGAAUGAAGCGGACACUGGAAGCUACCGCUGCACAGCCGCCAACAAGCUAGGCUCCGUGUACCAUGACAUCAAGGUCACUGUCAAAGCGGCUCCUUUCUGGGUCAGCGCUCCGAGGAACCUGAUCCUCGCUCCGAAUGAAACCGGGAUAUUAACGUGCCGUGUAAAUGGAACGCCCAAACCGACUAUUAGGUGGUUUGUUAAUGGAGUUCCCAUAGAGAAUGCUCCUGAGGACCACAGCCGCAAGGUGGACGAAGACACUGUUAUUAUCAGCAGCGUUCAGUCGGGCUCCAGUGCUGUCUACCAGUGCAAUGCAUCCAACGAGUUUGGCUACUUGAUGGCUAAUGCUUUUGUCAACGUCCUGGCUGAGCCACCAAGAGUGCUCACUCCCCCCAACCGAGUGUACCAGGUGAUCAGCAACAAUCCUGCUUUACUUCACUGUGCUUCCUUUGGAUCCCCAAUACCAGUCAUCACUUGGUUCAAAGACAGUCAGAUCAGCAUUAGGAAUGGUGACCCUUUUGUGAUCUAUGAGAAUGGUACACUGGAAAUCAACGUGGCCCAGCCGCUAAAUAGUGGGAAGUACACCUGUAUCGCCACCAACAACCUGGGAAUCAAGGAAAAUCAUGUCUUCCUGGAGGUCAAAGAGCCCACUCGUAUCCUGAGGCAGCCGGAGUACAAGGUGGUGCAGAGAGGAAUGAGUGCUUUGUUCGAGUGUAAAGUAAAACACGACCCUUCCCUCAUUCCCACCAUGACCUGGCUGAAAGACAAAGGAGAACUGCCAGACGAUGAGAGGUUUGUGGUAGACACAGACAGUCUGACCAUUAAAGACGUGAGAGGGGAAGAUGAGGGCGCUUACACGUGCAUCAUGAACACCACUCUGGAUCAGGACUCAGCCAGCGCCAUGCUGACUGUUGUUGAGGCAACUCCUACUCCUGCAAUUGUCUACGAGAAACCCGACCCUCCAACUGACCUGGAACUGACUGACCAGACGGAGAGGAGCGUCCAGCUCACCUGGACCCCCGGAGAUGAAAACAACAGUCCCAUAAAGAACUUUUUGAUCCAGUACGAGGAUCUUCUCCACCAGCCGGGAGUUUGGGUCAACCUGACAGAAGCUGAUGGUACCAGCACCACAGCCCGGCUGCAGCUCUCUCCUCACGUCUACUACUCCUUCAGAGUUCUGGCUCAGAAUGACGUCGGCUACAGCAACCCCAGUGCGCCCUCACACGAAUACAGGACCAGCCCCGCAGCUCCAGAUGAAAACCCAUCAAAUGUUCACGGAGCAGGAACACAGCCUGACAAUAUAGUUAUCUCCUGGACGCCGCUGACGGGAUUCCAGUCUAACGGUCAGGGCCUGCAGUAUAAAGUAUAUUGGAAGCAAAAGGACGUGGAUGAGGACUGGUCCUCGCAGAACGUGGCCAACGCUUCUCAAUUUGUCCUCUCUGGGACUCAAACCUACGUGCCCUAUGAGAUUAAAGUUCAGGCUUUCAAUCACUAUGGAAAUGGCCCUGACCCUGGAGUCGUGGUCGGCUACUCUGGAGAAGACUUUCCUUUGUCCGCACCUGAGAGCGUGAACAUCAUGGUUCAUAACAGCACAGUAGCAGAAGUUCACUGGGAGCCUGUUUCUUUGUCAUCUGUCCGAGGAAAACUGCAAGGAUACACGGUGUACUACCGUCGGGAGCGUGGUUUGCAUGAAACAGCGGAGGAAGCAGAGCAGCAGCAAGCUUUAACUUUUAGUGGGAACCGUAGCGAGGGACGGCUGCCGGGCCUUCAGCCUUACAGUCUCUACAAUGUCUUCAUCAAAGUUCUUAAUAACAAAGGAGAAGGGCCCUCAAGCCUCAGCAAGACAUUUGAGACCCCAGAGGGAGUGCCAGGACCUCCUACUUUUCUGAAUGUGGUCGACUACAGUUUGGACUCUCUUACUCUGGCAUGGGGCCCGCCGGCGAACAACAACGGCCGCCUUGUAGGAUACACGCUCAGCUACCAGCCAGUCAACAGCACCAGUGGACUUGGACCAAUCAAGGAAAUGAGCUUUCUAGCCAACGAGACGAGCGCUGUCCUGGGCAGCCUGAACUCCAGCAUGCUCUACAAGUUCUACCUAACUGCAAGGACGAUCAAGGGCCCGGGCCCAUCCAUCUCAGAAGAGGCGUCCACGAUCUUGGACACAGCUCGUAUUCAGCCCACUGUAGGGCCGGGCAAAGGCCCCACAGAGCCCCCUCUCACAACCUCCCCCACUACUCAGUCUCUGCAUUCCCCGUUUCACAAGGCGCUCCCUAUCGGCCCUCUUUUUGGUACAAUUAACGCGUCUGUAUCAGAGGACGGUGCACUGAUCAGUUGGGAACAAUUUGGACACCAUAAGAAUGUGUUUGUGGAAUAUAUUGUAGAAAACAGUAAAGAGGAGUGGAAAAAGGAGUUGGUAAAUGGGACACACUCGCACACGAUAAAAGGUUUAAAGCCGGGGAUGUCCUAUAGGGUGCGGGUUGUAGCUAAAGACCCAGCUGAGCCGACGGUCCACAGCACAAACGAAGUGGUGGUUACAGUGCCAGCUGUGCCCAACCGGCAGGUAGACAUCGCCACCCAGGGCUGGUUUAUUGGACUGAUGUGCGCCAUCGCUCUCCUCAUCUUGGUGCUCCUCAUCGUGUGCUUCAUCAAGAGAAACAAGGGCGGCAAAUACCCAGUGAAAGAGAAAGAAGACGCACAUCAAGACCCGGAGAUCCAGCCCAUGAAGGAGGACGAUGGGACAUUUGGAGAGUACAGUGACACAGAGGACCACAAACCGCUGAAGGGCAGCCGGACACCGUCCAACGGCACGGUGCGCCGAGACGAGAGCGACGACAGUUUAGUGGACUACGGGGAGGGCGGGGACGGACAGUUCAACGAGGACGGCUCCUUCAUCGGUCAGUACAGCGGCAAGAAAGAGAAAGACACACACGAAGGCAACGAGAGUUCGGAGGCCCCGUCGCCCGUCAACGCCAUGAACUCCUUCGUCUAACGGCGGACCGGUUGCUAUGGCCACCCCCCCAUCACCCUGGCAAAUGUGACCAUCCCUUUGGUGGCAGUUGCUAAGGUGACAGUUGUUGUGGACACCUACUUUUACCCCGUGGUGGCUGUCACUCUGGCGACCGAGGCUGCCCGUCACACAGACUGCUGACACCUCUCUCAUCUCCACACCCGUCAGCCCCAGUCACACUGUGACCCCCCCGACGAACACACACCCAACAUACCCCCGCAACCAUUGAACGAAGGUGCGAAGCGACGGAUGUCAGGAGGGGAAAAGCAGACGGAAUGUACCAGAAGGGGUUUUACCACUGAGCCCGAGCACGACUGUGGCAAAGCGUGUCUGUGUGUGUUAGUGCCAUUUAAUCUCCUUUGAAAACAUAGUAAAUGUGACGUAUCCAAAUAUACACAUAUAUAUUUUAUGAAGAAAAAAAAACAGUACAUGACCCGCAGGCAGGCUAAUAUGCAUUGAUUCACAUUUGUAAGCAUCUGCAUGGAGAAAUUAUGUCUAUAAAGCAUUUUACCACCCGUGAGUCGCUUGUUUUCGGAGGUGAGCUGCGUCUGAAAACUGUAUUGGUGCACGCCUAUGAGCAGCAGAGUAUGGCUUUUGUUUCCUUGUUUUCGGAAAGUGUUAAAUGGCGUGUGAUUUAUAACGAAAAAAUGGCUGUCGCAUCUCAGUGGACGCAAGUGUGACACAAGUAGAAGCUAGUAAGUGUUUUUCUUAAGACGGAGCGACUGUUUGUAGAUAUAUAAUAGUAUAAGACGAAAGCUAUAUUUCCGGGUUGGGUAUGUCCAUUUGUAGUAUCUGGAAACCAGACAGGAGAGGAAGUCAGCUUCACACCAGCCAGCCAGCUAGAAAUUGUAGCCUCAUGUUCUCUCACGCUCGUUUUUCUGCUAGGAUCCCUUCCCCGUUGUCUUUCGUUGCGACAAGCCCCACAUCACCACGCGCUAAACUGAAGCGGAGGCGUGAUUGAGUCGGUAUCACCGUCUGCUGCUUUUAUGCUGAGUCAUGGUUAUUGUGCAAGCCUCGUCAAAGCUGCGCCACCCCACCGUCGUUGUCACUGGCACAGUGCACACAGGUAUUUGUGUAUGUGUUGGCGAUUAGGAGUCUCUCUGCACGGUCUCCAGUGCCUUUGUGGAGAACGGUGACCUGUAUCCACAGUUUGGUCCCUCGCCAGACACACCGGCUUCCUGGAAAACCAGGACAUCAUGAAUACAUUACAUAGAAAACGCCAUCUGACCUCAAUAUAACGACAGCUUAAAAAGCUACAAUGUUAUGAGAGUCAUUUGUCCACAAGGGAGCAUUAAAUAUUUCACAAACUGCACACAAGUGACAAAUUAAAGGAAUCAUCUGCACUAUUGAUCCCAGGGUCGGGGAGACUUUGCUGGAAUCAGUGCAAAAAACCAGCUUUGCAACAAUUGCCUUUAUCUUGUGAUGACACUUUUCUUGCUUGGUGCAAGUGGUCUCUUCUUCCCAUCUGCAUAUGAAGUGGGUACAUAAUGAGACAGAACAGAGGAGAACCUUGACUGUAGCCAUUUUCACGCAGAGAUGGUGCUUUAAGGACACUAGAGAGCCCCUCUUCCUCCCGCCUCUGUAUUCACAGACAUCUCGUAAGGUGCGAUAUUGUUUUCCCAACGAGUGCUUUCGCAAAGUAUGAGUGGGGUUCUGCAAUGUCAAGAUGUUCCCUUUUUACUCAACUUUGUGGUUCUCGGCCAGCAGCAAGUACUUAACGUCUCUGGUCCCCGACUGCUUCUUUCAGUCAGUGCUGAAUAAAGAGCUUCUUACUAAGAGCCUUAGUGUUGGUGUUUCCUAUAAUCUCAUCGAGUGUUGUGAGAAGUUGGGGUAGAUAUGGUUAAAAAGCCGCUUUAAGUCUCACUAAUGGGGGUCAAAGUUCCUAUACAGAGCUGAAAGUCCCACGACGGCAUCGAUUGCUGCUCAAGCGUUAUGGCCAUGUUGACAAUCAUGAUAUCCAUUAGCUCAUCUGGUAUACAGGCCACGAGUUUGAAAAUACUGGAAUGGUAAAUGCGUAGGAAAGCUGAGGUCAUGCUUCCAUUUCAAACUCUCCUCUUGACACGUUCACCUUGAAGAGGAGGCGCUGCUAAGCAGCACCAAACUACUGCCACUAUACUCACCAGAGAACUGCCAACGGGAACCAGAGUCGCCGCCAGGUGCCAUCGCACUUUUUACGUUCUGUUGGGAAGGAAUAGAUUGGGAGAAUAAAACAAAACCAACCAAGUGAUGUUUGCUGAAUGUGGAUAUGAGCGUACCUGUUUAUGUGAAUGAAAACUUUGCUUGUUUCACUGCAAAAAGUAAAACACACUGGUGACUUUGGUUUAUGCAUUUAACCUUCUACAGUAAAUGUCGUCUCGUUCGGAGAGCAGCACUCGAGUGAGUUUUAUAUUACUGUAAAUGAAUGAAGCUUAGAGUGAAUGUCCGCGUGUGUGUGUGUGUGUGUGUGUGUGUGUGUGUGUGUGUGUGUGUGUGUGUGUGUGUGUGUGUGUGUGUGUGUGUGUGUGUGUGUGUGUGUGUGUGUGUGUCUGUGUGUGUGUGUGUGUGUGUGUCUGUGUGUGUGUGUGCAACACAUGCAUGCUACGGUGUAUUGCGUGCGUCGUGCAUACUCUUGGUUUCUGUUUCCAUUGACGAUAUCCUGUUACUCCAAUAUGCAUCGAGCAGUUUGUUCCUCAUCCCUGCAGGAUUUUUUUUUUCUUCUAAACAAUUUUCAGAAAAACAUUUCCAUGUCUUAUCAUAACUUGCAUCAAGUUUUUAGGUUGCAAUGUGUCAACAUACCACCUGUAGAUAUUAUUUGUUUAUUGUAAAUAACGGCUUGAUUUGAGCGUAGUUGUAUUGAGGUGAGACCUCGGUCAAUCCCGCUUCAUCAUGGGAAGGGGUGGCAAAGUGGCAUUGCGUGAGAUGAGACUAUUUAAACUUUUCACUCUUUCAUUUGGUGUGGAAUUAAGUUUAUUUCACUUUAUUUUAUUUUCACCUUGUCAGAUGGAUUUUGCUAGCUCAACUGUUUAGCCAAUCAGGUAUCAGAGGAGAUUAUUUAACUUGUGACUGAGCUCUUGUGACACCUGUAUUGUUUCUUUCUCUGACAGUUCAUGCACAUUUUCUGUAUUUUUAUUAUAAAAAAAAGAGAUGCACAGUUGAACAGGCUGUAUUGUUUCAAAUAAAUUCACACAUCUAAUUUCAGGGCAUCUGGGGUCUGGAUGCUGUCCUACACUUUGACAUCUUGUGAAGAGUGUGCACUCAGAAAAAUAAAUAAAAACAUGACGUAAAACUAGUUUGGAGCAUAAGUUGGGAAGGCCACCAUGGACACUCAAGUGGACGGGUAAAUUGGAGCGUUAAUACCCUGGAAACAAUGAUGGAUCUAUAGUUGGAUAUACAGUUUAUGGAUCGAUACAAUAUAACAUUCUGGUCAAUGUUGAAGCUACACAAGAAGCAUGAAAGGCUGUCACAAUGGUUUACUAUACAAUAUAAUAUUGCAAAAUAUUUUGUUUUUUAAAUGAAGUUUAAAAAAAAUGAAAUAAAUGUUGGUUUAAGGAUUCCAAAUCACUCUGUUUUUGUAUGUAUUUGGGGAUUGUGGAUCAUGGAGUGCAAUGUGGAAAGUGUGUGU